AUGGCGGCUAGGGACCGGUUCGGGGCCUACGCUGAGCCGGGCUUGUCACCGUUGCAGCGGGCAAUCCGAAAUGCCUGCGACCCCCAAAAUUACGAGCCCAACCUGGCCCUGAACCUCGAAGUAACGGACCUGAUCAACUCGAAGAAAGGCAAUGCACCCCGAGAAUCUGCAUUCGAUAUCGUUCACCUCAUCAACUCCCGGAACCAAAAUGUUGCGUUGUUGGCGCUGGCGCUCCUCGACAUUGCUGUCAAGAACUGCGGAUACCCCUUUCAUCUCCAGAUUGGUACAAAGGAGUUCCUGAAUGAACUGGUGCGCAGGUUCCCCGAGCGGCCGCCCAUGCGGCCCUCUAGGGUGCAACACCGCAUCCUGGAGUCGAUUGAGGAGUGGCGACAAACCAUCUGUCAAACAUCGCGGUAUAAGGAGGACCUGGGAUUCAUUAGGGAUAUGCACCGUUUGUUGCUCUACAAAGGAUAUAUGUUCCCAGAAGUCCGCAGGGAAGACGCCGCGGUCUUGAACCCGAGCGAUAACCUUCGUUCCGCCGACGAGAUGGAGGAGGAAGAGAAAGAGGCCCAAUCUGCCAAGCUUCAAGAGCUGAUUCGGAGGGGAACUCCCGCCGAUCUGCAGGAGGCUAACAGACUUAUGAAGGUCAUGGCCGGAUUUGACAACCGACAUAAGACCGACUAUCGCGCAAAGGCUGCCGAGGAGGUUGUUAAGGUGCAGCAAAAGGCAAAGAUUCUGGAAGAGAUGCUGCAGAACCAGCAGCCCGGGGAAGCUGUUCCCGAAGGCGAUGUCUUCGAGGAACUUGCAGGUGCACUGCAAAGCGCUCAUCCUAAAAUCCAAAAGAUGUGCGAGGAAGAGUCGGAUGAUCCCGAGGCUGUUCACAAGUUGCUCGAGAUUAACGAUAGCAUACACCGUACAAUUGAACGGUAUAAGCUCGUCAAGAAGGGUGAUUUGGAUGCUGCAUCUCGAAUUCCCAAGGGAACACUCGGCACGACAACCGGUGUUUCCACAAAUGCUAAUAACGAGCUCUCUUUGAUCGAUUUCGACCCGGAGCCUCAGCCCGAUUCCAAUGGUAACGAGGCAACGCCCGCUCAGGGUGGCAGCUCUCUGGAGAAUGACCUGCUUGGGCUUUCACUGGGUGAGCAAGGUCCUCCCCAAGGUGGUGGCAUUUCUCUUGGUUCCACCAACUUCCCAUCCAUGUCAACAAGCUCGACACCACCUGCUCCUCAACAACAAGCACCGGCUGCUUUCAAGCCUAAUUAUGAUAUCCUCGCUUCUUUGGGCAAUUCGCGACCCGCCUCUCAAUCCCCUACUCCCGUUAUGGGCGCACCGCCCCAAGCCCAAUCGACAGCGACACCGCCGCCUGCCGACCCCUUUGCGUCACUAGUCUCUGCUAGCCCAAGGGCAUCAUCUAGUCCCUUCCAACCACCCCAAAGCCGACCAUCUCCUGGGUCUUCCUCCCUGCUUGAUCUAGUUGGGGGACCGGCCCCGGCUCCGCAACCGCGGGCCGCUCCAGCUGAGGACGAUGAGUGGAAUUUCGCCUCGUCCCUUCCAGCCAGCAAUGCCCUUCCAUCGACAAACAAAAUUCAAGUUCUGAACUCUCAAUUGCGCGUUGAUUUUGCUGCGCGCCGCGUGCCCAACCAGCCGCGCCAGAUCCACGUCGUUGCUAUCUUCUCCAACAACACUACUCAACCCAUCGGAGAGCUUCAUUUCCAGGUUGCUGUGGAAAAAUCUUACACACUGCAGCUUCGGCCCCAAUCUGGCCGGGAUGUUGCACCGCAGCAGCAGAACGGCGUUCAACAAGAAAUGCUCAUGGAUGGCAUUGACGUAGGAAAGGGCAACUCGGUGAAGAUCCGUUUCAAGGUCUCCUACAAACUCGGCGGUGAAGCACGCGAAGAACAGGGCAUGGUGCCAGCUCUUGGCAUUGCCUAG